CUUAGUUUAAUUAGGGACCUCCACCCUCCUUCCCUCAGUUUGUCCUUGCCAGCCUAAUUUUUUGCAAUGGCCGAGACCAAACCCCAAGCCUUUGUUCUUCCCACCACCAACAACACCAAGAAGAGAACCGAGCAUGACGUCAUGGACGGCCCAGAUUAUGCCGCUUCCGCCGCCAAGAAGUCCAUGUUCCUUCCUACUGCGGCGUCUGCGGCGUGGGAGGACCCUGCCAUGGCAUUAGCCAGUGCUCGCCACGAGUUUGGCGAGCACGGUGGGGUUAACAUGUCCAUCGAGGCCUCGGCCACGUUCACCGUCAUGGAGCCGGAGACCCUCCAAAAGAUGUUUUCCGGAGAGCUCGGCGCUGAUCGUGACUUCUUCAUCUACAGCCGUCACUUUAAUCCCACCGUCCUUAACCUCAGCCGUCAGAUGGCAGCGCUCGAGGGCACCGAGGCCGCCUACUGCACCUCUAGCGGUAUGUCCGCCAUCUCCUCCGUCCUGCUGCAACUCGUCAGCAGCGGCGACCACAUCGCCGCUUCUAGAACCCUAUACGGCGGGACCCACGCCCUCCUCACCCACUUCUUCCCCAGAGCCUGCAACAUAACCACAACGUUCGUGGACAUAAACGACCUCGACAUGGUUAGGAAUGCGAUCGAGGUAGGAAAGACUAAGGUCCUCUAUUUCGAGGCAAUGUCUAACCCUACUCUCACCGUGGCUAACAUACCGGAGCUCAGCCGAAUUGGUCACGAGAAAGGCGUCACCGUCGUCGUGGACAACACCUUCUCUCCCAUGGUUCUCUCCCCCGUUAAGCUCGGCGCCGACGUUGUUGUCCACAGCAUAUCCAAGUUCAUCAGCGGUGGUGCUGACAUCAUUGCAGGUGUUGUGUGUGGACCUGCAAGCUUGGUGAACAAAAUGAUGGACCUUCACCAAGGUUCUCUAAUGCUUCUGGGACCGACCAUGAAUGCCAAGAUUGCAUUUGAGCUCUCUGAGAGGGUCCCUCACUUGGGUCUCAGAAUGAAAGAGCACUGCAACAGGGCAUUGGUGUAUGCCACAAGGAUGAAGAAGAUGCGACUAAAGGUCAUAUACCCGGGCCUCGAAGAGCAUCCCCAGCACGAGCUUCUCAAGUCUAUGAUCAACAAGGAUUAUGGCUAUGGAGGACUUCUCUGCGUCGACAUGGGGACUGAGGAGAGAGCCAAUAGGUUUAUGAACCUGUUGCAGAACUACACUCAGUUUGGUUUCAUGGCUGUGAGCUUGGGGUACUAUGAAACUCUGAUGUCCUGCUCUGGAAGCAGCACAAGCAGUGAAUUGAACAAUGAGGAGAAGGAGUUGGCUGGUAUUUCACCUGGGCUGGUUAGAAUGUCAAUUGGCUACAUUGGAACUUUGGAGCAGAAGUGGAGCCAAUUAGAGAAGGCACUCAACAGAAUGCAUGAUUCUGGUUUGUUUGGCAAGAAAUGAGUGUUUUUUUUUUUUGUGUUUUCGGAUUCAGGAAUAAGGGCCAAGUUGGUUUGAUCUUGUAAAAACAGGCUGACCCUUUUCUUUUCUUAUUUAAGAAUUUUCCUAAUUUUAUG